AUGGUGUCAAGUGUCACCCAUUGCGAGACUUCCACUACCCGCCCUUACUCCGAGACCACCACCACCCGCCCUCACUCCGAGACUUCCACUACCUGCCCUCACUCUGAUAUCUCCACUACCCGCACCCACUGCGAGACUUCCACUACCCGCCCUCAUUCCGAGACUACCACUACCCGCCCUUACUCCGAGACCAACACCACCCGACCUCACUCCGAGACUACCACUACCCGCCCUCAUUCCGAGACCACCAGUACCCCCACUCACUGCGAGACCACCACCACUUCCCAUCCUCACUGCGAGACUUCCGCUACCCGCCCUUACUCCGAAACCACUACUACCUGCCCUCACUGCGACAAUAACACCUACCUCCAGACUACACCACUCAAUAAAUCCACUACUGCCUCCAAUCCCAUCUCUGAAUCCAGACCCGACUCCAUCUUUGGUUUGCUGUCCUCCACCUCACCUCCGUCCACUCCUCUACUCAAUCACCCGUUCUUUUGUGAGCUUCGAUCCGUCCUCCUAGAUGAGUGUAAGAAGUCUGCCACGCCCAACUCCCUUCUGUCGACAUUCCAACCCAAGUCCUACUCCACAGUGUCUGACAGAGAGCGCCGACUACAGCAGAUGUUCAAGAGACAACACAGUACCCAUGGUGAUGAGAUUCAGCAACUGUCCAGCUUUUACCGAUACCAGGCCGGAGCAGUGGAAAUGGAGCGUCUACAGAAUCUACAAGACAGUGCCCCCACCUACCAUCCACCCGUCAACAGUUACUACGACAACCAGCUUCACCUCAUCAUGGACCGUGUGGAGACCAGCCUUGAGGGACUCGACACCACAACCCGUGAGAGGACCCGCCAUCAGAGUGAGCCACUCUCGGCCGCGACUCGUCCACUGUCCCGACCCGUCUUGUCCCGGAAGGCCAUCCGACUGAUGGAAGAGUGGUUCUACCUCAACACCGAGCAUCCCUACCCGUCACCAGACGUCAUUCACCGCCUCGCCGAGCAAGGUCACGUCAAGGAGGAACAGGUCAAGAAGUGGUUCAGCAACAAGAGGAGUCGUACCCACAACACCAAGACACUGGCCGAGAUCUCCAAGAGACGUCGUCGACCACAAGGACCCCCGGGUAUCAUCUACCUACCCAGUUUUGACUACCGUUGA